AUGGCAAAGGAUGCGAUUGUCUUUAAGUUUUCGAAUGCCGUCUGCAAAAGUUACAACGAGUCUUGGGUGGUUUUUAAUAAAUGCAGACUUAAAGCCAUCAGUAGGGAUAAAAUAGUGCUCAAUGUUUAUACAAUGGUCCUCUAUCCGUCCAGUAGUAUCGAUGUCCGUCUCAAGUUGUGGAAAAGGGAGAGUGGAUUUAAGCCAUUUUUGCUGGAUUCCACGGUCGAUGCCUGUCGAUUUAUGAAGAAGGCCUACAAUCCGUUUGUGGGCUUGGUCUAUACGAUAUUCCGUGAUUUUUCAAAUCUAAAUCAUUCCUGUCCGUAUGUGGGCCUUCAAAUUGUCAAGGACUUUUACUUACGCCCUGAACUGGUACGAUUGCCCUUUCCUUCUGGGGAGUAUUUAUUGUCGAUGCAGUGGUAUUUCUAUAAAAGGAUCCAGUUUGACAUUAAUGUGACCUAUGUCUACUUGGAAGAUCUUUUACAUAGAACCUGA